AUGAAGAAGAAGAGUUAUGAUCCCUUCGAUGAAGAUGCUCUACCCCUGGGCCAAAUAAAUGCUGAAAAUCAUAAGAUCAAACUGUCUCCAAGACCAUUCAAAGAGCUUUCAUCUCAAAAAAAUCGAGGUGCCAAUGAUGGAGAAGAAGAAGAAAACAGUAAUAAUAAUAAUAAUAAUAGAAGAGAUUAUGAUAAUGAUGUUUACGAGAGAGGUUUUGAUAAUGAUGACAUCGACAAAGAUUGCAACACUAAUAUUAGCUUCAGCCUGUUCCACGAUAGUAAAAGCGAGAGAAGUUUCGAGUCGGCGUGUCUACCAUCAACCGGCAAAGAUAACGAUAUGGCUUACAACGACCUAAUUUGCUCUAUGAUUCCGGCCGGGCAGAAGAUCAGAAAUAAGAAGUUACCAAAGAACCUAAAUAGUGAUGAUGAUGAUGAUAACGCGGCGUCAUCUGUGUCAAUAUUUACGCAGCAAAGAACUAAGUACCGGGAGGAUGAUGACGAUGAUUCGAAAUUCGCUUCCCCUGACGGAAAUGACGUCGUUGAUGACGUCAUCGAUGAUGGCGGUCGUUUCUGCUCAACUUCGCAAUUGUUAGGGACCGAUUCUAUGGCAGGGCAGGACUUUAACUCUCAGCUGCUUGUUGAUUGGUUAAUGGAUCCCGAUAAAUCAAAAAGAACGUCGUUCAAGUCAGCAAUCGACGAUCUAUGCACCAAAGAUAGCAAAACGGCGGGAAGUAACAAAAUGGCGGGAAAUUGUGACGAGGAAGAUGAGCUGUUGCAGUUUUGUUCUGGUACUUUUACCACUCAAAAAACCGAUGACCAAACCAACUGUGCCACUGCAGCUGAUGCUAAUGAUGAAGACGAUGGUGGUGAUGAUGAUGAUGGUGGUUGCACCGGAAAUGAUGUUGAUUAUGAUCGUGAUGAUGACGGUGUUGUAGCGGGUGAUAAUGGCAGAAAUAAACCAAGCAAAGAACUAGAUAGAAUGUCAUCUUACGAUCUUUUCAGCUCAUCAUCGUCGUUUCUACCGUCUUUUAGUUCUAUGGUCCCAGACGAUAAAUACGACGAUGAAGAUGACGAUGCCGCUAAAGAUUAUGAUGAUGAUAUAGCCAAACAUUAUGAUAAUGAGAAGGCCAAAGAAUAUGCUAAUAAGGUAGCUAAAGAUUAUGCUAAUGAGAUGGCUAAAGUUAAUGCUAAUGAGGUGGCUAGUGAUGGGAAUAAUAAUAAUAAAAAAAAUACUAAUGAUGAUGAUGGUGGUGGUGAUGAUGAAAAGAAUGAUGGGGAAGAGGCAGCAAUCAAGAAGAAAAGGAAAAGGAUCAUUACGGACAGUGAUGAGGAGGAAGAAGAAGUAGAAGAGGACGAUGACGUCAUCAAAGAUGAAGAUGACGUCAUUAGGGAUAAUGAUGUCGGCUGCGGUGGUGGUGAUGAUGAUGAUGAUGUGGAGGGGGGAAAGAUGGAAGAAAGUAAAGAGGCUGUUAAGCUUCCUUCCAUUGGCAAAAAGGGGAUCAUCGAUAGACAAUUUAUUGAAGAGGAAGCCGAGUUGUCAGAUUCAGAAAAUGAACGAGGCAAAGAUGAUGACGACGACGACGAAGAAGAUGACGAAGACAAUGACGUCAUGGAGAGAGAGGAAGGUGAUGAUGACGAUGUCGGUACGGAGGAAGAGCUCAGGAAACAAGUCCAGAAAGCUCAUCUAAAAAUGGAGAUAGAUCAGGACAAGAGAGAGUUGCGCCUACUGCAAGAGCAUCUAUUGGAGGAUGGAGAUCUGUACGACGAAGGAAUUGGCAGGAUUAGGAGGUUCAGAUGGAACAAUACAGAGCAGUACGACGGCGAUGAUGCCAACGACGGCUGGAGUGGGGCGGGCGGCGGUGGUGAUGAUGAUGAUGGCGGCGGUGCUGAUGAUGAUGAUGAAGUAAAGUGGAGGAUCAAUAGAUUGGAGAGAGAGAAGUUUCUGCAGAAACACCAAGAUCUUAAAAAAGUCGGCUCAUUCUUGCACCGUCCUAAAGACACCUUAGCGAAAUAUUCAGUCGACCCAUCGAGGAAAGGUUCCACUAACGGCCACAACGACAAAAAGGGGGGUCCACUAGGCGGUGCUGGUAGUGGUUGCACUAAUUCCGGGACUCUGGUCUCUAGGAAUUCGAGAAACUUUGUCUUUAGCACUAUUUCAACUCACAAUGAAAAUAGUAAUAAUAGCUGCAGUGGUUUUGAGUUUAAAGGGACGGAAAAAUCAAAUGCACAACCGAAGAAAAAACAGAGAAGGAUCAGGUUGGAUAGUCCCCUGCCAGACAACAACUCAAACUCGUCAUCGUUCAAAAUGUUCAAAUGCAUCGACGAGUCUUCGCAAUUCUAGUGUCUUUUUCAUUUAUUAUUAUUAUUUAUUAUUAUUAUUAUUUAUUAUUAUUAUUAUUGUUUCAAUUUUACUGAUUCUUUUUCGAUUUUAGAAUAGUUAAUGUUGUUAUUAUUC